CCGAAAUAAGGCUGUGACCCAAGACAAGGCAAGAAUGAUUCUUGUCAGCUGAAGCCAGAGCUUGGCAAGGCACCACCCACUCACUGACCACUGACUGCGGACUGAGGCAGACACCGACCACACAACUCAGCUUCCCGUCAGAGGUGUUAAUCUUGAGGGUCGGACACUCCUUCCUGCCCACCGUGGUCUUGUCCUCUCAGGGAGGAAACUGAGGCGAGCUGGAGAACCAUUGUUCACAAAUUUGGAAAAAGUUAAGUGCACUGAGUCAGGUUGCCUAGUUCAGUGCCCACUGACCUGGGGCCCUGCAGGAUGAUUCCCAAGGAGCAGCAGGAUCCAGCGGUGACCCUCAUGGGGGAUGUCAUGGGGCCAGAACCUUCCCUGGACCUGGGGAAGAAGGUGAGCGUGCCCCAGGACCUGAUGAUAGAAGAGCUGUCGCUGCGCAACAAUCGCGGAUCUCUCCUCUUCCAGAAGAGGCAGCGCAGGGUGCAGAGGUUCACGUUUGAGCUCGCAGCCAACCAGCAGGUGGUCCUGGCCGGGAGCACCAAGGGAAAGGUGACCGAGGCGUCGGCGCCGCUGAGGGUUGUCAACGGCCCGGAGGGGCAGAACUACCGCUCGGAGGGGCAGAACUACCGCUCGGAGCUCCACGUCCUCCCGGCCUCACCCGGGGGCCCCGCGGGCGCCCACCUCGCAGCCGCCGCAGAGCAGCGCGCGCGGAGCCCCAGCGCCCUGGCGCCAGGCUAUGCUGAGCCCCUGAAGAGCGUCCCGCCCGAGAAGUUCAACCACACCGCCAUACCCAAGGGUUACCGCUGCCCCUGGCAGGAGUUUGUCAGCUACCGGGACUACUCGUUCGAGGGCCAGAGGCACACCCCCAGCCUCGGAGACUAUCGGAAUUUCAAUAAGACCCCGGUGCCAUUUGGAAGACCCCUCAUAGGGGAGGCCAUUCCCAGGGCAGCCACCCCCUUUGUCCUGGAGCCCUUCGAUGGCUUGGAACUCCUGCGCCUGAGACCGAGCUUCAAUAGGGUGGCUCAGGGCUGGGUACGCAACCUCCCAGAGUCUGACGAGCUGUAGCCCCAGCCUGAAGCUUCAGUUCCCCAGAAUCGGGGAACUCAGGUAAUAUCUGGAGCCAAGACUUGUGGACAGUACUUUUAAAAGUCUAUGAAGAAUCUUCAUGCACAAACUGUGACUGAAAAUGGCCUCAGCGGUCACAAAGUUUAGUAGAAUCCAAAUGCGGAUGUGCUUCAAAACUACCUGGGGGAUGUCGGUCCUGAAGCAGAUUUCUGGCCUGCCUCCACCAGCAGCAUCAGAGCUCCUUGCACUGGGGAGUCUGUUAGUAACUGUGCUCUAAGUGACUCCAUUGUCACCUGUCUGUGGUUUGUCUUGUACCUUAUGGGUGCAAAGUGGGGUUCUUACAAGGAAUCCUUCCCACCAUGCAUGCUGAGCAGGCCCGUUGGUGGAGGUGGUGGUGGCGGCACCUCCACUCUAUUGAGGGUCCCAAUGUGAGGGCUGGUGGUAGGUUCUCUAUAUUCUGUUCCUCAUUCUCAGUGUGACUCCACCAUCCUUUUCUCCCUCCUUACAGAUGUGGAUAUCCAGGCUCAGAGGAAGGGAGUGGUUUGUGUAGGGCAGUCAGAAUGAUAAUCUGUCUGGUUGAGGGGAUGAAUAUUUCUACUGUCCUAGGUGUCCAAGCCAAUGCCCACUCACCCUGUCAUCACUGAUGUUGGUGCCUUACCUUGCAGUUUAGAGGUUAAGGGUGGAAGGUGGGGUAUCUGAUUAGAGGGCUGGGUUCUAAUUCUAUUACUGUGAGUCAUGUGACUUUAAGAAAGUCAUUUCACAUCUUGAGCCUGUUUCUCCAUCCAAAGAUGAGAAUAAAUGCAGAAGCUUUUUAUAGAGCUGUUGAGAGUUCAGCAAGCACACAUUCGUUAAGGGCCCAGUGUUAGGCUUCUUGAGGCCACUGUUCUAGACUGGAACAGAUGUCCUGCAGUGGAUACUGCCCAAAAGCAAGCUCCCAGCGUGCCAUUGCGUCCAGGAAGGCUGGCACUGAACAACAGCAGCUCAUCACCGCAGCGCUCACUUUGGAGAGGAAUUCCUUUGGCCUCUGCCUCCUGGACUCCAUGCUGAGUGAGACAGUGGUUACAUUUCCCUUUCACUCUGAGGUGUCCCUUCCUGCUGGAUUCUGGGGCCAGUAGCUUGUCACUUAGGACCGCUUGUAAUUGAUGUGUUCUCUUGAAUUUGAGGGUUGUUGGUUAAAGCCAGGUUUCUGUGAGCUGAAGAACAUUAGUAUGUGAAAAGUGGAAGACUGGCCGUGGCAUGGCUUGAGUUGGUCCUGUAGGGCUCUGCAGGUAACUGCAGUUGCCAUGAACAGAAGAGAGCCUGAGGAAGGGAAGGGGAUGCCUUUACCCAAAAGUAGAUCCUCAUUCCUUUUUCUCCUGAUCUUCUUUUGCUGAUGUUUUAAAAAAAAAUGAGAAAUGACGUGUGAAAGUAUCUGACCAACACAGCCCCUCAUGCACAUCCGUGUUUUCCUGCAUUCUUAAUUUGUUUGCCAUGAGAGGUAGCCAUGAGAAUUACAGGAUUCUGUGACUAUGUACCUGUACUCGUAUGCAAAGUACAUAGCUGUGUCUUUGUGUUAAAAGGAACUGCACUGUAUGUAAUGUACUAUUCUUUAUUUGACAAAUAAAAUUCCAAAUCUAAAAAUGCCA